UUCGUUAUGAUGCUAACAUUUUCCCUAGAAUGACUGUGCAAUAACAAGAAGCCCCAACGGUGAAGUUUUCGUUCUAGAGACUGUACCCGGCUUACGAUUCAGAGGUAGAGCAGCUGCAUUUGAUCAUGCUACUGCUAUAGCCCAUCUUAGGAACAUGAUUGAAUCUCAUGCCUCGGAAACGCUAGAUCGAACCCAUGUCAAAGAACUACGUGGACUAGAGCCUGGAUACAAACCACUGUUCGAAAACUCACUAAGAGUCAUUCCUGCAGAGCAACUAUCCCCAGUUGAUUGGAACCGUCCUAUCGGGUCAGGACGCAAUGGUAGAGUCUAUGCAUCAACUUGGCAACGUCCAGGGGGGGUUCUUUCGACGUCAAUGCCUUGCCAAAUUGAGGUUGUUUUGAAAGAGAUCACGCCAAAUGACUGUCAGGUUUCUUGUUCGUUACAGAAGUUUAUGAAAGAGUUGGAUUCAACCUAUGCAGCCCUUGGCUCACAGCCAAUGUGCUGUGUCAAGUUUUUUGGGAUCACCCAAAUGAGCCUUCUGCUAGACGAGAACCCUAGGCUGCUCUUUGUAUUUGAGCGUGCCACUCGUGGCCAUGUUGAGCCAUUCCUACUAUGGCAUUUAUCGCCCCUUAGAUUCUAUGACUCUUGGAGAGCACUAGCAGAUUGCUUCGUUUCUGUCGCAACUGGCCUAGCAUUCAUUCAUAAACAUGGAGUCGUCCACAGGGAUUUACACUUGGAAAAUAUCCUUGUUAUGGACGAAUUCUACCCAAACGAUGUUGAAAUUCCUCACGCGUUCAAUUACCUCAUCAGUGACCUCGGUGAAGGGAAACAACUGACUCAAAAACUAACAAGCCUGAUGAGCAGUCAGACUGCUUUUGCUAGCUACGGUGCCAUUGACUUUCGAGCACCUGAACAAUUACAGGGCCUACCCAACAAAGACGCCUUCGCUGCUGAAGUCUUUACUUUCGGCGUUGUGGCAUGCAAACUUCUGAACUGUAGAUCCCUCGUUAGUUCAGUCGAAAUACCAAGCCAUAUCAGAGCUAGUGCAUCAGAAGAUAUCGUUGAACUUAAUCAUAAAAAAACUGGGAAGAAGGAGCUUCAAGACGGGCAUAUCGUUCCGCGAACCAUACGUAGCGUCAUAUCACGUUGCCUGUCGCACAGAGGUUUUGACCGUCCCGAUAUGAGCCAUAUUUUGAAUGAGUUGGAAGACAUUACGUCAACUUUCACGGAAGACAACAUGGAACGACAAGCAGGGCGAACUGUGGACUGGUGUUAUUGGGAUUGGGAGGCAACCUUCCGUGCUGCACUGAGUGACGGCGAUUCUGACUCGAACUCAGAUUCUUCCGAAAGUUCUGGAUCUUCCGACUAAAGAACAAAGUGUGGAAGGGUCAUGCUAGGUCCCGUUCACUAAGUAGCUUUAAUAUUAGCCAUUAAUUCUUUAUUAAGUAAUUAUAAUUUUACUUUAAAU